AUGGAGCAAACGCAGCAGCAACAUUUUGUUAGCCACAAGCGCAAACGUGACUUAGAUAACAAAGAGAAUUUGCUAACGGAAACGCACUGCAACAAGCGUCGCCAGCUUAAAUCAAUCUUUCGUCCUUGGUUGGACUCGGAGCAGAACAUUGCAGCCAACGAAAAACAGCAGCAAUCACAAACUCAACAAUUUCGAUUAGGCCUAUAUUAUCGCCAGCGUCAAUUGCUGCAACAGGCAAUAUAUCAGCAAGGAGUAAGUGCUGCUGCUGCUGCUGGAUGGACUUUACCACGGCAGCAGCAACAGUUUCUGCAACAAAUGGCGCUUUCGCAGCAGCUUCUUAUCUUUGGCUCGCACUAA